CUGAAGGGUUUGGGUGCUUCUAGCUAGCUAGCCAGUCAGUCAGAUGUUCUCCAAAUCAAACAUAAUAAUAAAUAAUAAUAAUAAUAUAUGCCAUUUAGCAGACGCUUUUAUCCAAAGCGACUUACAGUCAUGUGUGCAUACAUUCUACGUGGCGUCUUUCGUGACAGAAGUCCUUGCUAGUUCUGGUAAACUUGAAAAAGAAGACCUCGCUGCUAAAAUUAGCAAGCUAUCACGGAAAGUAGAGGAAACUAAGGAAGAGGUAUGUGACAUGAUCAACAAGAGAUACAAUGAGUUUCUACCCAGCAUGCAGGGGGCGGAGGUACUCAUGGGACAGGCUGAAGAGGUUUCUAAAGAAAUUGAUGUCCUCAAAAGCUGCAUUGAGACAGAGGUGCAGCAGAAUCUACAUACAGCCGUGACGGAAUAUGCCAAGCUAAAGCGGCAGCUGGAGAGAAACACUACUGUCAUUGCCAUGCUCAGGCACCUAGAAGAGUUUCACAUUGCAAUGGAGGAGUUUCACAAAGCCAUACUGGAGAAGAAGUAUGUAAUUGCGGCCAAACAGUUAGAAAAGGCCCGCCACAGUGCAGACUCUCUGAAGGCGUGGAAAGGCUCUGACCUGCCCCUGCUGAGAGCACUCAGCUCAGAGCUCACUGUCCAGAGAGAGAACCUCAUCUACCAUCUGGGGGACGAGUGGAAGAGACUGGCCGUCUGGAAACUGCCUCCUUCCAAAGAGCCGACGGAGAUGAAGUCGUUCCUGAAGACGGAGCUCCAGCUGACCCUGGGCGGGACCAAGGAGCCCCAGCAGAGCCCUCCGCCUCUGCUUUCCUGUGUCCUCCAGGCCCUGACCAUCCAGGGGGAACUACAACACAAGAUCAAACUCUUCAGCCAGGUGCUGCUGAAGUACCUGCUGAAGCCCCUAAUCACGUACCCCUCUCUGAACGUGGAGGUGUCGGAGCAGCAAGAUGAGGGCACCCUGAUUCUCCAGUUUGCCGAGACCCCCGAGGAGCACCCCAGCCCCUCACAGGUCUACACCAAAGUCCUGAUGGUACUCAAGACCUUACACACACACCUGCUAGACGUAUCAGUUGGUGAGAGAAAAGUGUCUGUGAUACUCGGAGACCUGGUAUGGCAGGAUAUGUCUCAUUGCAUCAUCCAUGAGUGCCUCCUGUACUCCAUCCCAACCAAUAGCUGCCAGCUUGAACAGUACAGUGCAGUGAUUAAAGAGACGGAGGAGUUUGAGAAGUCCUUGAAGGAGAUGCAGUACCUCCGAGGAGACUCCACCGAGCUGCUCAAGUAUGCCCAGGACGUCAACUGCCACUUUGCCAGCAAGAAAUGCAAAGACGUGAUCGUGGCGGCGCGCAAGCUGAUGACCUCCGUGAUGCACAACACCGUCAAAAUCACCCAAGAUUCUAAGCUUUCCCUCCCCAUGCUGCCCAACCCUGGCUCUGGAGAUAUCAAGGGCAAACAGGGGGCCAAGAAGCUUGAGGCGCCCAGGUUGGAUAACGAGAAGCAGCUGGGUGCGCGGACGCUGUGCCUGCCUGUGUGUCGCAUCAGUGAGUCGGUGCAGCAGCUGAUGGAGCUGGCCUUGCACACGCUGUCCGAGGCUGUGGGAAACUCCAGCCAAUGUGCUACCCAACUGUUCUUCACAGUGCGGAAUAUAUUCCAGCUAUUCUAUGAUGUUGUGCCUACAUACCAUAAAGAGAACCUGCUCAAGUUCCCACAUCUGGCGGCCAUCCAGCACAACAACUGCAUGUACAUCGCCCACCACCUGCUCACCCUGGGCCACCAGUUCAGUCCACACCUGCCUGACCCCCUCAGUGAGGGUGCUGCCACCUUUGUGGACCUGGUGCCCGGCUUCAGGAAACUGGGCGCUCAUUGCUUCCUGGCCCAUCUGAACGUCCAGAGAGCAGAGAUGCUGGAGCGUCUCUCCACCGCACGCAACUUCUCCAACCUGGAUGAUGAGGAUAACUACUCUGCAGCCAGCAAGGCCGUUAGGCAGGUCAUCCAUCAGCUGAAAAGGCUGGGCACCGUCUGGCAAGACGUUCUGCCAGUCAACAUAUACUGUAAAGCCAUGGGGAUUCUCCUCAACACUGCCAUCUCAGAGCUGAUUGCCAAAAUCAUGAUGUUGGAGGAUAUAUCCACUGAAGAUGGGGAGCACCUACAAAUCCUCUGUCAGACCAUUAUCGAGGAAGGACCCCCGGUGUUCAUUCCACUGCCUGAGGAGAACAAGAACAAGAUGUACCAGGAGGAGGUACCCGUUUACGUGAAGAAGUGGAUCACCUUCAAGGAGCUGGUCAUAGUGCUGCAAGCUAACCUGCAGGAGAUAGUCGACAGGUGGGCGGAGGGGAAAGGGCCACUGGCGCUGGAGUUCUCUAGUUCCGAUAUGAAGAGCCUAAUCCGAGCUUUGUUCCAGAACACUGAGAGGCGGGCGGUGGCUCUCACCAAAAUCAAAUAGACUCUCCUUUGCUCUCUUGCUUCCAACAAACGACCCCAAUAAGCUGUACCACUUUCCUUCACUGCUGUGGAAAACAGUGUUCAUUAAUGUCUUUGUUUAAGCUUAGUUGUGAAUUUAAAUGCAAUAUAUGCCAUUGUAUAUCAUAAAACAGGAUUUCAAAUACAA